AUGACUGACAGAAUUGCCACCCUAGCCUGUGAUGACACUCAAGGCGGAACCGACCCUGUACUUGCCCCCAAUAGCGGAUCGGAGAAGCGCCAAACACUUGCGACAAUACCAAGAGAGCUAAGAGAAAAGAUACUACAAGAAGUCCUCUCGAUCAACAACAACACCUCCUUCGACAUUUACAAUGACCUUGUACAGCCUCCAGAAAGACUGGAAGAUGAGCCACAGGAGGUGCAACUUGACUUUGCUCUGCUCCCUCCCACUCCACAUGAGCGGAAAGUCUUUUGGAACAUCCCAACGUCCGUCUUUUUGGUCAACAAAGAUAUUUCCACUGAGGCUAUUGAGUGUUUUCACCGUGAGAACAUUCUUGUUUCCGUCGAAACUGCUGGCUACCGUUUCAUCAAGAAUUGUGCAUCUCAAAUCAUUCCUUUACGCCAAACAGCACACCGUGAGAAAGAUGUAGCUCUGCACCUCAAGCUUUGCUUCAGUGACGAACACAACACCGCAGCUGGAGCAGAAGGAGCGGUUCCCGAAUUUGCUGUCAUGACAGCUCGACAUUUGCCCAUCUUGGUACAACUUAUUAAUGCAACCUCCAUCACACGACAGAGACUAGGUGGAAGACCAAGAGAAAAUGACCUCUUUUUCAUUCGGAUGACAGACAUGACACUUGAUUUCGACACUGGAAGCAAAUAUUACGCCAAGAAUGCGAUGGAUGUAGCGGGAAGGGUGGUUGUUGAUGGCCUGAAAGGAUUGCGACAAUUUCGUUGGUCUCGUUGGUCUCAUUGGUGGACACCUCAACAGCUCGUACAUGGUAUCUCAGCGUGGAACUUGGGAGUUAAAAGAGGCAUUGUGGUCAAUGGUCUAAGUGAGAAAAAGGCUGAGGAGUUUCUUGCUGCGUCAAAUUUGCCUUGCUUGGUCUCAAUGGAUUAUUUGACAGAAGCUAAGCGAUUGAAGACACAUGGCGACCAGCUAUCACGAGACGGACAUUAUGCUGCUGCACACUCAUUUUACAUUCUUUCCGCCUGGAUGAUUACAGAGCAACCCGUCCCUCGCAGAUUGCUCUUCAGCCACACUUUGUUCAGUACAAGAGAUUGCGACAGCAGCAAAGUUUUGCUUGCGGCUUGGUCAGGUACCGCGCGAAUGGGAGCGAAACUCUCUCCAAACUCCAUGGAAGCUCAAACUCUUGAAUAUAGCUUGAUGACUUCCCUUAAGGUUAUUUUUGGUGCGAGUCGUUUCAAUCCCGUCGUACAAGAAGAGAUACUAGCUGCUUAUGGCCACGAACUUCUGAAGCACCACGAAUACAAUAAUUUUAUCGAAAUCCUCGAAAUGGCUAUAAACAGCAAUAAGGAGGAACAGUUCAGCAGAAGAAAUGCAAUUUUGAGAGCAAUUGGCCUCAUGCUACAAGGAUCCGAAAUACAGAGAAAGGAGUUCAGAUCGAACUGUCAAAAAUACAUCAAACAAUGCCAGGAGGAAAAGGAACGGUGGCUUGCUGGCGACGGUACUAUGCAGGGUUUCGACUUUUUUCCAAAACACCUUCAUGAGCACCUUUUGUCUUGA